AUGGUUUCAGUGUAUGAUUUCUCUGAAGAAUCAGUGGCAUCUGCUGAUGUACUUCCUGGUGACAAAUCACCAAGUGAGGACGCCUUAAGGGCAUUGAUCUAUGGAACUGGGGUAUAUUUGUCAACUGUUCAUGCUUCUCUUUCUGUAGCGCAUGCAAUACUGUCGUCAUUGACGCCAUAUAAACUGAAUCUGCCUGAAGUUCAGAGAGACCGUUGUUUGGGUACUGCGGUGGAGGUUGCCUUGGCAAUAAUUCAGGGGCCAUCUGCUGAAAUGUCAAGAGGGGUUAUUAAAAGGCCUGGAGGAAAUAGCCGGAUAAUUGUGUGUGCUGGUGGACCAUGUACUUAUGGCCCUGGUUCAGUACCUCAUUCUCUUAACCAUCCAAACUAUUUGCACUUGCAGAAAUCGGCAUUAAAGUGGAUGGAUAAUCUAGGUUCUGAGGCUCAUCGCCGCAAUACAGUGGUUGAUAUACUUUGCGCUGGGACAUGUCCUGUACGUGUUCCUCUACUGCAGCCUCUUACAAAAUCUUCUGGAGGCGUUUUGAUUCUUCAUGAUGAUUUUGGGGAAGCAUUUGGUGUGAAUCUGCAGAGAGCAUCUUCAAGGGCUGCCGGUUCUCAUGGUUUACUUGAAAUUAGGUGUUCAGACAGUAUUUUUGUUAGUCAAGUGGUGGGACCUGGUGAGGAGGCCCAUGUGGAUAGCCAUGAAUCUUUAAAGAAUGACAGUGCUGUCGCUAUUCAGAUGCUGAGUGUUGAAGAAACCCAAAGUUUUGCAGUGUCAAUGGAGAAUCGUGCAGAUAUUAAAAGCAAUUUUGUGCACUUCCAAUUUGCAAUUCAGUAUUCAAAUGUUUAUCAAGCUGAUAUCUCACGAGUGAUUACUGUUCGACUUCCGACUGUGGAUAGCGUUUCAGCUUAUCUAGAGAGCGUACAAGAUGAAGUGGCGGCUGUUAUAAUUGGUAAAAGGACUCUUUUGCGAGCCAAAAGCUUUAAUGAUGCUCUUGAUAUGAGGCUAACACUUGACGAGAGAAUUAAAGAUGUUGCUAUUAAGUUUGGUUCCCAGGUGCCAAAAUCAAAACUUCAUCGGUAUCCUAAAGAGCUCUCGCUAUUGCCUGAAAUCUUAUUCCAUCUUAGAAGAGGCCCUCUGCUGGGAAGUAUACUUGGUCAUGAAGAUGAGAGGUCUGUUUUGCGCUCCUUAUUCCUUAAUGCAUCCUUUGACCUAUCCCUUCGUAUGCUGGCACCUCGCUGUCUAAUGCAUCGAGAAGGUGGGACUUUUGAGGAACUACCAGCAUAUGAUCUUGCUAUGCAAUCUGAUGCUGCGGUUGUUCUUGAUCAUGGUACUGAUGUCUUCAUUUGGCUGGUAUGCAUUCUAGUGAACUGA